UGGGGUUGGGGAAUUGCAAAGGCAGGUCCCUACUAGUGAAUGUAGGCUAGGGGGAUUGAAAUAUAGUAAAAACAAAGAAGCCCAACGUACAGAUCAACUUCCCUACAAACCAAGACAUGCCUGUCAGGAAUGGCGAGAAGAUGGAGAAGAGGUCUCAGAGUAAGAACAGAGGGAGGACAUGCACAGAGGCCAGCGAUAGGGAGGUGCCUGGCUACAAAACCCCAUUGCUAUCAGCAGGAGAGUCCAAAGAGCCUGCAGAUGGGAAUCUGCAAAGUCCCAAUGUGCCCCAAAUCCCUGAAACUGUGGAGCAUCCUGGGACACCAGCCCCCUGGUCCAGACGGAGGGCAGACAGGCUCAAGCAGGAGCCGGCAGCAGGUGAUGGGUGGGUGUCCAAAGAUGCAGAGGCUUUGUCUGCAGUGGCUGUGGGAGGCAGAGAAGGAAACCACCAAACCCUGCAGGCAGAGAGCAACACACUGGUUCAAAAGAAGGCAAAGCCUCUGCCCCUGAAGGAGCCAGACAGAGCCCAGGCAGCAGAUGUGCUUGAGAACUUCCUCAGUCAUUUUCUCACCUAUCUGCAUGAUUGCCCAGACAGGCCUUACUUCAGGGACACCAGGGAACUUGUUCCAGGCAGCAGCUAUGAGUUUGAAAAGGUCUUGCAUCCGGGCGAGUUUGAGGUGAUGCUAAGCAUCCUUGUCCCACAGGACGUCCAGUACACCGAAGUGGAGGGCUAUGGUGGCCUCUUUUAUACCCUGGCUCUCUUGAGAAAGUCUCGCAGCUUCCCAGCAACGCUCCUUCUGGAGGAUGGGAAGACCAUCUCCCCACGGAACAUCAUGGAGGAAUUCCGGAAACACGUCGACCAGUUUCUUAAAGUUUCUUAUUCAGCGCCUUUUCCAGGUUGGCAGAUGAGGCUGGAGAAGAAGAAGUCAAACUGUCCAGCAGUUCAGCUUGUAAUGCUGGACAACCAAGGCGCCAAGUUCAUGUCCUUGAACCUUGUCCCUGCUCUGGAGAUGACUGGCCAAUGGCCAUGCAUGAAGAAGGCGAAGGAGCUGAUCAAGGGGAAAGAACUGCUUCACUUGAUGAGGGUGUUUUAUUUCAUAGCCGAACAAUCCCCCGGGAGGCACAACAAAGAGACCUGGAGAAUUUCAUUCUCUCAUGUUGAAAAAGAGAUUUUGAACCUCAACAGCAGCUCCCAAUCGUAUCACAAGACGAAGUGCUGCAGGAAAGACUGCUUGAAGAUGCUGGAGGACCUUGUGAAUGCUCUCAAGAUGGAAUAUCCUCAAAUGUUGAGUCAUCUGAGUUCCUACCACAGUCGGACGUCCUUCCUGCACACCCUGUGGGAGUGGAAGGCCGAUAAAGACUGGAAGCCUUCUGAAGUCCCUCAGUGUUUUGAGAGGGUCUUGACCAAUUUCAUCCACAAGGUGGCCACUGCUCACCUGACCCACUUCUUCCUACCCCAAUGCAACCUGUUUGGGGCAAAGUUCUUCCCGCCCACAAAGCUGAAAUUCUUAUGGGCGCAGCUGAAGGAGAAGGAAGGAACUAUGAAGUCGUUCACUGUGUCCCGCAAGAGACGCUGUUCUGCCCUGAUUGUAAAUCCUGAUAUGACUUGGCCUCUCAUGAUUACCCUUGGCCUGAUAGUUCUAGUAUCAGUUGUUCUCCCACAAACUGCAUCUUAAAAAUGUAGGGUUAUCAGCUUCCACUGUUUGGUUUCUGAACUGAGAGAAAAUGUGUUAUAGGAUAUCUUUGUUAAUGGCCAGUCGUAGUCAUCUCAUCCUGACCCAGCUAGCAACAUUUUGAUGUAUUCUACAGCAGUACUUUAGAGGCAGUGUUUUACAGGAUGGAAUUUGUGUGGGAAAUGUGUCACUGGGCUGGAAAAUCCACACGGAGUUUUGGUUAAGACAAGAGAUCUGUGAGCGGGAUAGCAGAUGAUUGUCAGCUCCUCAUCUUGGUCCUUCUUGCAAAAUCUGUGGGGAUCUUUCUCUUGCACAUUUUUUCCAUGGAAGGGUGUUUGUUUGUUUGUUUGUUUGUUUGUUUGUUUGUUUGUUUGUUUGUUUUGCAUCUCAAGCACUCCUGACUUUCAUCAGAGAUAGGUUAUAUGGUAACAGUGGUAGCACAUGCAAUGAUCCUUGAUAUUCCUGUUACACAUUUAUCCCUUGAUGAUUUGACCAUAUGAGGAAGACAAAAUAUGUGAGUAUAUGGUGAAAUAAUAUACCAGAGGAAUGUAAAUAGAUGGCCUUAUUCCUAGUAUAAGACAGGCCAAUUCCAUUACCACUUUUGAACAGAUCUCUGUAUUCUGUUUAAUUAGGAAAUUGCUUCUCCAAAAAUGUUGAUUUGUGGGUUGGUGCUCUGUCCUGAAAAUUAAUUUCUCUGUGUGUUUAUGCCCAUAACAGCUAGUUAAAGCUACAUCUGUGGCUCCAAGUUGCUUGGUCUUCUCAGUCACAAUAUACAGGAUUUGAUAAUGUACUAAUUUGGCAUUCAGCCUUUCCCAAUCUGGUGCCCUCCAGAUGUUUGGACUGCAACACAAUCCCAUUAGUCCCAGUCAACACAGGCAUGUUUCCAUCAGCCUCAGCAUUAUGCUUGCCAGGGCUGAUGGGAGUUAUAGUCUAAAACAUCUGCAGGGCAUCAGGUUGGGGAAGGAAGGCUAGUACAGUAUCACCACCUUUUGCUUGCCUGGGUAUUACUUCAGCUAGAAAUGGGAUGCCUAGUUUGGUUUGGAGAGAUCUCCGAGUUAAUGAGUGAGAUGAAAAUAGUUUGUGUUUCAUUUCCUUCCUCAUUGUUUUGUUUAUUGGUGAGCUGUGUUGGUGUUCUGAUGGAUGGACCUUGUUUAUUUCAAAACCAGAGAAAAAUAUAAUA